UUCUACUGCAACCAGCACUGUUCAAGGCCAAGUGCAAUUGGCUUCAUUAAUGGCCGGGCUUUCAAAAACUGAAGUCGGUAAGCUGCAAUCUUGACACCUUCAAAGUCACCUUCCCCCCUUUUUUUUUCUUGCACAGCAAUGACUUGGGUUUUCUGUCCAAGCAAAUAAAAAGAUGGUUUCUUUGGCACCAAUUCUUUUUCCAAAACAGUAAACUAUAUUGCAAUUUUGAGUCAAAAGUAUGAUUUCUUUCUGCACAUUUAUUUGGUAAACUAUAUUAAGUUUCUUUUAAAUGCAAGCAAAAAAGUCUUGUCUUGCUUGUUCAGCUCAACAAAAUGAGUUGGAUUUGAUCUCAAUGCAAGCAAAGAAAAUGGUUUCUUGAGCCUACAUAUAGUUAACACUGCGUUAGUCCUGGGAAAGUUGAGAAAAGUGAUGGUUUUUUCAGCAUACCCAUUCCAGAAAAUGACUUUGAUUCAAUCUCAAAUCAAGCAAAAAGAUGGUCUCUUGAUCCACUCUCCUCUUUCUCCUCUGCUUUAUUCCUCUUCCUCCCCUUCGGCUUUAUCUUCCUAUGAUAGUAAUUACCAGAAAGAAUCAACCCCAUCACCAUCAUCUGGUAGCAGAAUAAGCCCAGCUGUGCUUUUCAUCAUAGUUAUUCUAGCUGUUAUAUUUUUCAUCUCUGGUCUCCUCCACUUGCUUGUUAGAUUUCUCGUAAAGCAUAGAUCUUCUUCAUCAAUCUCUCAAUCUAACAGAUACCAGGAAACGUCUAGCUCUCAUGCUUUCCAAAGACAGUUACAACAACUCUUCCAUCUUCAUGACUCAGGGCUAGAUCAAGCUUUUAUAGAUGCUCUCCCCGUGUUCCUUUACAAAGAUAUAGUGGGUCUUAAAGAGCCAUUUGAUUGUGCUGUUUGCCUUUGUGAGUUCUCACAAGAAGAUAAAUUGAGAUUGCUUCCCAUGUGUAGUCAUGCUUUUCACAUUGAGUGCAUAGACACAUGGCUGUUAUCAAAUUCAACUUGCCCUCUUUGUAGAGGAACCCUCUUCAAUCCUGGGCUUGCCAUGGAAAAUUCAGUAUUUGAUUUUGAAGAUUCAAGGGAAGAAGGUGGCCUUUCAAGCAAUGGAGAUGGGGUUUCUUCUGCACAAAAACCACCUGAGGAUGAUAUUGCUAGUGAAAAAAGGGUUUUUUCCGUGAGACUAGGCAAAUUUAGAGGCUUAAAUGGUGGUGGUGGAGGAGGAGGAGGAGGAGGAGAAGGAGAAGGAGAGAGAGAGAGAGGAGGGGGUGAGACAAGCUGUAGUAAUUUGGAUGCAAGGAGAUGUUUCUCGAUGGGUUCGUUCCAAUAUGUGGUUGCUAAUUCGGACCUGCAGGUGGCCUUGUGCCCCAACAGAGCCGAUGCUGGCAGUGAUGCAGUUGUGAAGCUGAUGAAAGGGAGAGGUGGGCACACUGGGAAUUCCUCAACUGAUGGCGAUGUUGAAGGGAAGAAGAUUAAGAUUGGAAGCAAAGACGAAAGUUUUUCUGUUUCCAAAAUCUGGCUCUGGCCUAAGAAGGGUAAAUUUCCAAGUUCAUCAGAUACCCAUAUUGGUCCUUCUGUUAAUGUUGGGUUCCCAUGGACUGAGAGAACUCAGGCUUCAUGAAGGUAGUUAUGUUGCCUUGUACUUUCUUCAUCGGUUACUUAAUCCAUUCAUUAAAAAGCUCCCUCUCAGCUUUUACUUUUCUCUUUGCUUUAAAUUUCUUUGGUGCCAAGCUCUGUGAUCAUGAUUCUUUCGUAUUAAACUUUAUGGCAAAUGGGUGCAAUGUA